AUGUCGACCACAGAAAUCCACCUCAUCGACCUCUCAGUCGCAGAGAAGUCAAUCCCCUCGGGCGUUCCCGUCGUGAUGAUCAACCUCAUCAAAUUCAAGCCUCAGACAACAUACCCUGCAGGGUCCCCUUUCACGCAAGUCUCGGGGGAAGAGGCAUACACGACGCGCUACGUCACGGCAUUUAUGAAAUUCGUAGCGUCUGUCAGCGAAGAAGGGUCUGAACCCCUGAUGAAGCCGUUGUGGUUUGGUGUGCCACAGGCGAACCUAGUCGCAAAGCCGCACGGCGGGAACGAGACUUGGGAUCGUGUUGGGAUCAUAUGGUAUCCGAACUUCGAGACGUUUAGGAGAUGGGUGGACAGCAAAGAGUAUGCCGAUGGCCCGUUGCAUCAUCGGCUUGCGUCGCUUGAGGACUAUCGGCUGUAUGCUUCGACAGCGUAG